AUGCUCGCCAGUCGACUGUGCGCCCUGCCCCGCUGCAGCACCCGCAGCCUGCGCCUCGCCCUCCCUGCCCGGCCCUUCACCUCGUCGGCCGCCCGUCUCAACGCGACCCCGGACUGGGAGCAGCUCAUCGGUGGCCGCGCCGGCAUCGAGCGCAAGCGCGCUGCCUUCACCGACAAGUACCGCGAUGCGCUCGAGGCCAAAGCCCGCGCCGAGGGCAUCACGGUCGACCAGCUGCGCGAGCGCAGCGCGGCUCAGGCCAAGGCGGCCAGGGCCGUCGCCGGCGGCGACAACACGGUGCAGCAGGCGCCGAUGGGUCCGGUCGAGGCGGGCAGCAUGGACACGCGCAAGACGGGGCGCGAGCUGCAGGAGCCCGAGGUGGUGCGGCCAGCUCCUUCGGCUCGGUCGGCCAAGAAGCAGCCGCUCGAGCGCAGGAGCAGCGACAGCCCGAUCAAGCCGCUCAACGACAUCAUGGACCUCACCAAGGCGGUCGACCUGACGACGACGGCCCUCUCGCAGUUGUGGACGACCUACCACCAGACCAAGGGCUUCUUGUCGGCCGCCGUACCGCUCGAGACGUACCUGCGCAUGCUCAACAGCGCGCGCAAGUUCCCGUUGUUCGUGUUGCCCCUCGCCAAGGUCGCCGAGCUGCCAGAGGGGCAAGCCGAGGCGACCGAGAUGCACCUCCUCGAAUGGUCGAUCCUGCCGCCACCGCCAACGAUGACCGAGCCCGUCCCUCCCCCUUCCACCGUCCUGUUCACCCCUAUCGCCGAGUACAAGGCUCGCGGCGAGUACGCCCAGCCGUACCUCAUCUUGACGCACUAUACCGACCUCGCGGCGUCGCACAACGUCGUCCUCAUGCGCGGCGAGAUCAGCUCGAACGUGACGCUCAACGCGACCGAGGCCCAGGUGCUCGCGGUGCGGAUGCAGCUGUUCUACAACGACUCGGGCAAGGACGGGUCGAUCGAGGCUCAGCGGCGGGAGCUCCUGAGGAGCUUCCACGAGCAGCCGGAGCAGUUUGACGUCGAGAAGCUGGUCAAGGCGGGAGAGCUCACCGACGUGCAAUAGAUUCUCGAGGCCGGCCGUAUUGGCGGCCUAGAAGCCGUCCUGAAUGAC